AUGAUUGAGAGCCUCAUUCAGGCCUUUGAAGGAGAUGCUGGUCGUGAUAUUCUGGGAGUCCCUUUAAUAAACUCAGCCCGGAUGAGUGAGAUCAUAAAGUCCCAGCGAAAGCAUGUGGCCUGCAUCCAGGAUCCUCAAGGUGUGCAGCUCUACAUGCAGACGGGCACUUUAAUGAACGGAGGGCACCGUCUGCCAACUUACCGCUGUGCCAGAGGUUCUACUUCGCUCGAGUCUUUUCACCUGCACCUCAACAGAUUCAUCCCAGGCACGCUGGCAAGUGACACCUUUUUUCAGGCGUAUCUUUUGGAUGGACUUGCAAGGUGGAAUGAGGACCGGGCUGUGGCAGCAACAACUGAUGAGCAGCAGCCACAUUCCUACAGUCAUCUUCUCCGUCAUGCUGCCAAUAUUCUUGCAGAGGAGGUCAUGGGCAUGAAAAUCAGCCCUUAUGUUGGGCCAAGAAAGUACACUGGUGAACUUAUCGGAGUAGAGUAUCUUUACCAGCAAACUGGUAAAGUUCUGCAGGACUACAGGUUGGCCAUUGAAGAGUCUGAGACCACUGAGGUUGCUAUAGAGGUGGAGGAAGCUUAUGAUGAACUUGAGGAGUUUCAAGACAUCACUGUCCCCACCUUUGACACAGAGCGGAUACCUUCUGCUACUUCACAAGCAUCAGUGUCUGCAGCAUCAUCUUCAACCCCUCCGGCAACCAGACCCAAGUCAUCACUGUAUGUGUCCCCUACAUUACCAGUGAGAUCUCCUGUCACCAGCUCUACAUCAUCACUGUCUGUGGUCCCUCCAAUACCAGUCACAUCUUCUGUUUCCAGCUCACUGCACACUCAGCCAGCACCAUCUCCUGGCGCACAUAGCUCCCCAGGUAACCAAGGGUCCACAGAAACUGACUUUCCAUCAUCUGAAGAGAACCCUUUGCAUGAUGAUUGUGUUGGACCCGAUAAUAUUGAAGGUUAUGGAGCUGUGCAGGACUUGGCAGAGUAUUUGUUCAACCUUAGAGAACACCGUCUGGCCUUAACUGGAGAAGAGUCUGAUCAAAUCAUCAACCUAUGGCAGGCAUUGGGGGAGUUUGAUAAGAAAAAGACCACUUACUCACCACGUCACCAAACCAACCUAAAACAGGGACGAUUCAGGGCCAGUAAGAAGAAUGUGGCACCUGGUGUGGAGAGCACCAGAAGGUGUUUCAUUGGGCAUCAUAGUCCUGCACAGAGGCCUGACUGCAACAGAGUGGUGGAGGGCAUCUUCACAAGGCUCUGUGCUCUCUACCAAAACGCGGUGCGCGUUGAGGGACAGAGGGUCGACCGCUUCGCAAUGAUUGCACGGGUCUACAGACAUAUCCGAGAGUGCAUCCUCACCAAUGAUAGGGUGAUGAGAGAAACCACCAUCCAGCUUCCACAGAUGAACGCUUCAACAAUCUCAGACUGGUGAGUAAAUUAGCAUUGUUACCGCUAUACCAAAACAUGA